AUGCAUAGAUGGGUGAAUGUUACGUCUGAUUUUGAUGGGGAAGAAACAGCCCACUUUGGUCCAAGAAAGGAGUCUGGUACCUCUCUCUAUCAAGUGGACACUUUAGCCACUGUUUCACCUGUAGAAAAGAAUAUCAAUGAAUGCCCAUCUGUAGUAUCUACAGUGCUGGGUGAUUAUGGGUGUCUGGCUGUUUCUAAGGAUCUUUCUCUGUUUAAAGAUAUGCAGUACUCUGUCUCACUUAGCUUUGAUGAUGUAAUAGAGACAACAGAUUGGAGUCCUGAUGGUCGAUUAUUAGCUGUUGGUACCAACGAUGGAAAACUUUAUUUAUUAGAAACAGAAUCCAACAAGAUUUGUUUUGCACCGACAGUAAUUCCUGAAGAAGCGAGAAAAGAUGGUUCAGCUUUCAAAAAGAUCAUUUUUCAAGAGAGAAAAAAAGAGAAAGAUAUUUGUGAUGUGUAUAUUUUGUCUAGCAGUGGACUGGUACUGGUCAUCAAUAAUCUAGAUCUAUCUUCUUUUACUAAGGGGAUUGAUAAUCCAGGGGAAUUGGUCAAACAUCAGAUCAAGUUCCAAAAAAUUCCAACAUAUGAAGUCCACACAGUUUCUACUACUGAUAUUAUACCAUAUAAAUCCUCUCUCUUUACUUUUGGAAAAGGAGAUAGUAUACUAGCCAAAUGGUCAUGUGAAAAUGGAGAUGUAGAACUUGUGGAUGAGGUUGGAGAUCUAUUUGGUGGAGAGACUGGUAUAAUAAUGGCUAAAAUAUCCUCAGAUGGAAAUUAUAUAUUUGUAGUAGACCAAGAUAGUACAUUAAGUUUAUGGCACGCUCACAUGUUAGUGGUUAUCAAUAGAUGGACUGACAGAAUAGUUUCAGACUUCCAACUUCUUGAAACUCAAGAACUGAAAAACAAUAGUACUAAAGGAAUGAAGUUAUUAGUAAUAUGUAAGAAUAACGAGGGAUCAACUCUCUAUGUACAGGAGUUACCAUCAUUGAACACUGUCUAUACAUUACAAUUGAAUAAACAGACUUAUAUAGCCACCUGUCCAACUUAUCAGGAAUCACUGUAUGUUGUUGAAGGUUGCUGUGAUGAGAGUUAUCCAGAUGUUAUCUCAACGGUUAGAUUUCGCUGUUUAAACGAAGCCAAACCAGAAACUAGGUUAAGUCGGCUCUUGAAUAAGAAACUGUUUGACCAAGCUGAAGAAUUUGCUAAAACAUUUAACCUAGAUUUAGAGCUAGUAUAUGAGGUGAAGGUACGACAUAUUUUAGAACAAGUGGCACCAUGGAACAGUAAUAAAUAUUCUGAAGAGAUGAUAGAAUCUAUGAUUAAAGAUUUAUGGACAUGCUUAGAUCUUAUUAAGAAUGAUUUAGGACUAGUAGAUUGUUGUUUAAAAGUUGCUCUACCAACUUAUGAAGAAACCUGUAAACUUUUACAGUACCAAAAAUCAAGGUUAAUCAAACUAGCUGGAACGAAACCCUCAGCUGAGAUAUUACAGAGACAACAGAAUUUACUAGCUGAUGUGUUAGAAAUACAACAUAGAUUAUUGACAUAUAGAAUGGUAUUUGGUGUUGAUGAAUAUAAUGCAGAAGAUUGGGAUAACUUUAUGAAAUGUAAUUUAUUAGAUAAAAGUAUGGAAGCUUUAGCAGUCAAUCAACAUAAUACAACUUUCACUAUCUGGCAGAGACACAAGACUGAAUGGAGUAAACAUAUGGGAUAUGGAAUAAUAGAUAUAUUAUUAAAGAAUAUACCAGAUGAUAUUAAAGCUAGUGAUAUAUUAGGCUGGUAUCGAGAUGAUUUGAUACCAUUUGUUAGUUCGAACGUUCCUACUGCUAUGCAAUUGAUAGUGUCCUGGAUUUUACUCAAGAUAACCAACAUGGAACUUCUAGAAAAGAAAGGAUGGCCUUUAAAUGCUCUAGAAUUUAGUAAAAGUUUAUAUAAAAAGAUAAAUGAAGUUUUACAGAUCAACCUAGGUGAUUCAGUUUCUCCAGCUGACAACGCUAACAAGACGAAAGUUAACAGUAAACAGAUAGUACAACCACUACACAAUAUGGUGUUUGAUUUACAACAACUUUACAAUCUAGAAACUAAAAACAGUUGCCGUCUGACUCUAGCUCAAUUUCAACAGGAAACGACGGAAUCAGUAACAUUUCGUAUGUUGGAUCAGAUACAAGCGGUUGAAUUACUCGUACCAGCGUUACAACGCCAGAUUAUACCUUAUCUUAAAGAACAUGACUUGAAUGAAGAUCAAAUCUUCGCUAAAUAUGUCAAAGACUUGUUAGAAAGAACAGGCCAUAUUCGUACUAUCAUGGGGACGUCAUUAUGGGAAUCUAAAACAGAGGCCAUUAUUAAUUUUAUUAUUGACAAGAGAGAGAAAUGUCUAGCUAUAUUAAACAUCAUGAAGAUAGCUCCCCUACCUUGGAGUGAUGAGGUAGAAAAAUUAAUCCUGUCAGGAUUGAAACUAGAUCAUCCUAUGGUAGCUGAAUUAAAGGAACAGUGUAGAUUGGUAGAAGUAAAGAAAUUGAUGAUCAAAUAUGGGUUGUCCAUUAAAGAUAUACCAUCUACUGAUACUGCAGAGAGGUUGAUAAACUAUAUUUUACAUAGAGAUUUACCAACUGCUAUUGAAGAUGCUAUUCAAGUACAGGAGGCAUUAGAAUUGACAUGUGAUGACGAGAUUUAUAGAAUACGCUCAUUUUUUCUUAUCCAACAUGACAGGAUCAGUGAAUAUAUAGAGUUAUUACAAUCUAUCUCCACCACUCUAGCUAUCAAUACAGGUUACCGUGUUGUUAACUAUGCUAGGUUAGAACUACAAGAUAAAAUUGCCAAACUUUGUAAGUUAUAUAAAGAAAAUAAGUUAUUUACCCAAGCUGCAGUAGCUACAGCUAAUUUUCUACAGUCUGUUGUACCUGAUGAACACGAGAAAGAAGAGUGGAGAAAAUUUCACAAAUACUUUCAUAACAUACUUUCUCUACAGAUAGAGUAUAAAAAGUACAUGACUUUAGAACAAUAUCAAUCAAAAACAUACAGACAGAAAUUAUUUCUAGCUUAUGAAGAACAAUUCUUUACAACUUCAGCUUCUUUCAAUACAGAUCAGACUGCAUUGACAAUAAAUCAAAUGUACAGGUUGUCUGAUUUAUUGUUGAUAUCACGAGUCCAGUUUUUAAGUCAUUUGAUUGUAAACUCGGCUAGAAAUGGUGAAAUUUCUGCAGCAGUAAAAUGGAGCAGUAAAUUAUGUGAAGUAGAGAAAUCUGAAGAAACUAUAGAAGCUAUAUUGAGUGUUUCCCAGUCGUUUUUACAGAUUUUAUCAGAUUGUGAUAUAGACACAGAAGAUACAAGAUGUCUACCACAAACUGUCUACCAACUAGCUUGUUACGCUUUAACCCACUGUUCACAAGAUAGAAUAAGUGAUUAUUUAGAGUUGUGUAAAUCAGCCCAUCUAUUAUCUAGUAUUUCUAAUGAAUGUGAAGCUAGUGGACUACAGAAUGUACAAAGGAAAUCGCGAGCAGCCAGUGUAAGUCAGAUGAAAGAUGAAAGAUUUGAUAGUUAUACUUUUGAUGUUGUAUUUAAAGAAGAUUCACUAGUCAUGAAUUCUUCUAUUGUCAUUCCACUGGUUGCUAACUUUCUCAAAGUCAAUCCUUUCUUAAAAAUAUCUAUAGGAAGAGAUACUAAAAGUAAACUAGAAGAAUGUUUAAAUGCAGCUAUAAUACUAAUCCAACAUUUAAAAGAAAACAGCCAUUUAAACCUGUCAAUACGUACUGUUAUGUAUGUUUUAUCUAUUGUUAUACAACUUAAUGAUAUGGGGUAUGUCAAACCAGAGGAAUUAGAGUUGUAUAAAACUCAAGUAGAAAAUGUCCAUCAGAAAAAUACAAAACUUGUGAAAGAUUUACUAUCUGCUGUAUUAAAUAAGCUGUUUAAUUUCAAUAAAGUAGACCUCAAGCUGGCCCUGGCGUCAAUAUUGAGUCUACAAAAGAAGCUGUGUGUUGAUGCCAUUAGGAAAAUGCUGUCGUCUGCUGGUACCAAUUAUAAGAAAUUGAUGAGUGUGGCCACAGUUGGUAUUGGUGUCAGUGAAAUAUUUAAUGAUCCAACAGCGAAACAAGUUUGUCAGAAUUUAGAAGCUGAUGGUAGAUGGGGACACAGAUUGGCUAAAUUUAAGAUACAAUUUAAAGAUGCCCUUAAUGGUGGAUCAAAGGAAAAGUUGAAAAUCCUGAAUCAAAUGGCACAGAGUGAUGCAGCAGAAGUCAGCAUAAUUAAAGAAUUUUGCGAAGCCUUUAACUUGGAAACACAAGAUGGGUUGUUAAUGUAUUUAGAGACUGUUUUAACAAAAGAAAGUUAUGUAGCAGAAGAUGAUCAGAAAUUACGAUCUCGACUUACCGCAGCCACUGAAAUUAUUGAGGCAAUGAAAGAAAAAAGUACUUUGAGAAAAAAACUAAAACAAAUGCUAGCAAAGACCAGUAUAUAUGAUUAUGAAUCAAUAGAAUUUAUUUUACAAGCUCUGAGUAAACUUGAUACAGAUUCUCAGAUCUCACAGGGUCUAGCGUUAUUACCAUAUUUAAAAGUAUAUAAAAGACGAGGUCAACCUUCUGAAGAAGAAUUGAGAUAUGGUGAAGAUAGAGAUGCAGAGGAGUUAUCAACUGUACUUGGUACUAUACCAGCUAUCGGUAAAACUAGAAUACCAUACCAUCCUUUAGUUGAUGGUGAUGCUUGGAAAAUAAUCACUCCUGAAUUAGACAGUGAUACAGUCUCUAUGUGGUUACCUAUUGUUCAAGUUUUAAAGUUGAAGGUAGAUGAUGUAUAUUUAGUAGCUGUACAGAAUAUGGUGAAGAAACAUGUAGCGUGUCAGAAAUCAGAAGAAAAACAAGAUAAGGACCGGAGUAAAUGUGAUUGGGAGUUUAGUGAACGUAGUAUUCAGUUUUUAAACAGUAUACAUGCUCUAUUGGUUAAAGUUAGUCACCUUAACUCUGUGCUGGCCUGUUCUACAUGGUUAGUUAGAGAAUUACCAAUGGGUGGUGAAAAGAUUCUGGGACUAAAAUGUUGUGUAGAAUUUGCCGAGAAAUGGAAUAUGGCAUGUCCUGAAGCAGGACCAGAGAAAAAGAAAGCCAUGGCAGCUUACACCAAGUUUUCAACAUAUCUAAAACGACUGUCAACUGAACGUAUUCUCUUUCUACAUAAUAUGACAGAGCCUCAUAUAGUAGGUUUGGUUAACCAGCCUACAGAGUUAAUUAAUAAACUCUAUGAACUACCAUGUGUUACAGCUGAUCAACUGGAUGUCUCUAUUAAACGAACAGAUGUGAACGCUAUGGUAAAGGAUAUUGUGGAGAUACAUGGUUUGAAACUUAGCGUUAUUUCUACCUCCUUGAUAGAAAAAUGGUUACCAUCAUCAGCUUCUAAACAAGAUUCUGACCAGACAUUUAAUUUUGAGAAUUUUAACCUAAAUGAUCAGAAUAUGGAGAUGGAUGAUGAUGAUUUAAAUUUGAAACGAGUGAUGUACUUACUACAGAAAGAUUCAGUGAAAGAGAAUGCUUUAUAUUUAUAUGGUUUUGCUUGUUGUAAUAAAACUAAUGUAACAAAUCUAUGUAAAGCUCGAGCCUUGUUAUGUUUGUUAAAGAUAGUAGAUGAAAAAACUAUUCAUGAUGAACUUGGAAUCUCAGUAGAAGAUAUAAGACAUGAUUUACAAAUAAGAAGUUAUCUAAUAGAUUUAGAUGAAUUACAUAUUCAACAUUCAGAGAAAACAUUUGGAGAAUGUAAUAAAGAAGGCUUGGUCAGGGGAAUCUGGAAAAACCAUAGCCAUCAGAGAAAGGGUAUCCUUUUGACAUGUGCGUUAUGUUUGGACUAUAAAAUAUAUGAUGUUAAUUUAUGGAAUGGAAUCCUGAAACAGUUACUCUCCUUGAAUUGUUUAAAACAGUUAGAGUAUGUACUAGUAAGACUAUCAGCUUCACCUAAUAUCUGGCUAGUAACAAACUAUGCUAAAGCUUGGCAACAUCUACUUACUGCUCCUCUUAGUAAAGUUUCCACACCUCUAGAUGAGAGUAAAACAGAAGAAUGCCUACAUUACUUUAAUCUUCUUCAUAAGUGUCCAGUAAUUGAUUGUUUAAAUCUAUCUCAGUUAGCUAGACAAUAUGAGAAUCUAGGACUAGAAGUUUGUAGUGCAGGUUGUUUAUUAUUAUCUACUAGUUCUCAUACUCAAGAUGUCCAGGAAUUAUUGUCUGAUAAUAAAACAGAAUCAAUAAAAAGUUUAGAAUCUCUGACCAACUUGGGUAUGACUAAUAUAGCAGUAACACAGGUACAAGAGGCUAUAUUUUCUUUGAUAUUAAAAGAUGAAGACUAUGAAAAUAUCAUUGACUCUACGCUAGCUAGACAGUUUGUAACAUAUAUCAUCCAUCAUGAUAAAAUCAAUGGUCUACUACUCUUUGCUUUGAGAAAUAAAAGAUUACAAGAAGCUGAAAGUUUUUUCAAGCUAUAUUUGAACAGUAAAAGGGAUGUAUAUGAUACAUUAAUAGAUUAUACAGGAACAAGUGGCUCAGAUAAUUUUCUCGAGGCUUAUCUUCAGUUACAAGGUGUGACUGGUUGAUUGGUAAGAUUUGUUUUAUACCAUCUUGGUUUAUCCAAAUUCUUCGGUUUCCUGCACAUUAGCAGUUAUCACAACCAUGCUCACUUCGCUUACAGGCUCAUUAAAUAAUAAUAAUGCACUUCAGAAGUAAACUUGAAAACAUAUAAUCAAUAACAGAAAACUUAUUUUAGUUUCCAGUGAUGUUACUCACGUCUCUAAAGACUUGACAAAUAAUGAAAUUAUUUUGUUAAAAAAAAUUGUGAGUGAAGAUCUUGGUUUUCCACAACCUUGUUCAAUAAUUGUGAAAAGAAUCCAUAUAUAUUUGAUACAUGAGUAGUUAUCUGAGUUUUCCACUAAUAUUACUCACUCUGCCUACAGGCUUGUCAAAUAAUGAUAUUAUUUUGGUUGUAUUAAAGCUCCCCAUGUGAUCUUACAGUGGAAACAGUUCAUGUGUAAUGAUAUCACUAUCUUUGUUUACAGACGAAAAUAAUCAUAAUAUUUUAGGCUAAACAAAAAGGCCCAGUGUUUUUUCCACUGCUAUUACUGAUUACCUACAGGCUUGUUGAAUAUAAUGUUAAAUUGUAAAUGAUAUAUUUAUUAUGUAGUAUUUAAUGUAAUGAUUAGUUUUUGUUAAUACUCGUAUCAAAAUAUAGUGCUAUAUCAUAUGUUAGGGCUAUUCUCUUCAUGUUAUUUUGUCUAUUGAGAUGACGCCCAAAAACGUCCAUAAGAU